GCCGCGGCCAUUACGCGAGCGGUCGGGGGCGUGCGAUCAUUAUUCGACGCAGUUGCAUCCGCUUGGUCCGUAGCUCCUCGACGAGAUCGUGCCAGCAAGAUUUCCGGUUCACCGUCAGCCUCCCUGCGAUCUCCCGGAGAGAUAGGUAACUAGAGCGUCGACAUGGGUAAGGAGAAGAUACACAUAAACAUCGUGGUGAUAGGCCACGUCGAUUCGGGCAAGUCUACCACCACGGGACAUUUGAUCUACAAAUGCGGCGGUAUCGACAAGCGUACCAUCGAGAAAUUCGAGAAAGAAGCCCAGGAGAUGGGUAAAGGUUCGUUCAAGUACGCCUGGGUGUUGGAUAAGCUUAAGGCCGAGCGCGAACGCGGUAUCACGAUCGAUAUCGCUCUGUGGAAAUUCGAGACGGCCAAGUAUUACGUGACCAUCAUCGACGCGCCGGGUCAUCGUGAUUUCAUCAAGAACAUGAUCACCGGUACCAGCCAGGCCGAUUGCGCCGUCCUAAUCGUCGCAGCUGGUAUCGGCGAAUUUGAAGCGGGAAUAUCGAAAAACGGGCAAACGCGCGAACACGCUUUGCUCGCGUUCACCUUGGGCGUUAAACAGCUGAUCGUCGGCGUGAACAAGAUGGACAUGACCGAUCCGCCCUACUCGGAGAGUCGUUUCGAGGAAAUUAAGAAAGAGGUGUCAUCGUACAUCAAGAAGAUCGGUUACAACACCGCGUCCGUCGCCUUUGUACCGAUCUCCGGCUGGCACGGCGACAACAUGCUCGAACCGUCGCCAAAGACACCCUGGUACAAGGGAUGGAAAGUGGAGCGUAAGGAUGGAAACGCCGAUGGGAAGACUCUGAUCGAGGCCCUUGACGCUAUACUGCCACCGUCCAGACCCACCGACAAGGCUCUUCGUCUGCCCCUUCAGGAUGUUUACAAGAUCGGUGGUAUCGGCACUGUUCCGGUCGGUCGUGUGGAGACUGGUAUCCUGAAACCAGGUAUGUUGGUGACAUUUGCUCCAGCGGCGCUGACCACUGAAGUAAAGUCAGUGGAGAUGCAUCACGAGGCCCUGACGGAGGCACUGCCCGGCGACAACGUCGGGUUCAACGUGAAGAAUAUUUCCGUGAAGGAAUUGAGGCGCGGUUACGUGGCGGGUGAUUCGAAGAAUCAGCCUCCUCGAGGAGCUGCCGAUUUCAUGGCUCAGGUGAUCGUCCUGAAUCAUCCUGGCCAGAUCAGCAACGGGUAUACACCGGUGCUCGAUUGUCACACCGCUCAUAUCGCGUGCAAAUUCGCGGAGAUCAAGGAGAAAUGCGAUCGUCGUACCGGAAAGACUACCGAGGAAAAUCCGAAGAGCAUCAAGAGCGGGGAUGCUGCAAUCGUGAUGCUACAACCUACGAAACCGAUGUGCGUCGAAGCUUUCCAGGAAUUUCCGCCAUUGGGUCGUUUCGCAGUUCGUGAUAUGCGUCAAACCGUCGCUGUGGGCGUCAUUAAGAGCGUCACCUUCAAAGAUACCCAGGGCAAGGUUACAAAGGCCGCGGAGAAGGCCCAGAAAAAAAAGUAACCAUCAAGCUUCCUCGGAAGCUCGCAGUCCGCCGGCUGGUGCCCUACGAGCAUCUCCGCGCAGGGAUCCUCAUCAAGGAUGCAGUACGCCGCGGCUGCUCCAUUCAAUUCAUACUCGACUAAUAAUACCAAAAGUGAAAAGAUGUUGUGCUUACCCCCGUUACAUUAUCCGGUAGUAUUGAAUCCGCGCAUCUAUCCGAAUCUGCACAUUCAGUUCACCCACGCCCCGCGCACACCCCACAUAUGCUAGGUGGAUAACGAUUACGUUUUUACUCAUUCUUACAUUGACGAAAAUAUGUGUCCAAUUACAGGUAAGAAAUACUAAGUUCCCCUUGGACUCUGUGUAGUUAGGUUUUUCAAUUAAACGACAACACGUUAACACCGACGAUCAGACGGGAUGUUGUACGUCGUGUGAUCACCGUAAACGGUGACAACACCAGACGAGACACGAGGCAGCGGUCAGGCUACAAGCUUUAACAUCCCAAACGAGAUUUAUGUUCCUCUAAUAUGGUUUCAGUUGAAAAGAAAGGAGACAAAAACCAAACGCGACCGGAAACCUAUUUGACUGAUGUUAACCGCAAAUAAACCCAGUCGAACACCAUCGAAUCGCCGCCGCCUCGCAUCCCCGACCUUGUUUCUUAAACAAUUUUUAUUUACCACACGAAUUCGUUAAGGCUGAUUUGUUCGAAGACUUGGUUGCCUCGCUGCAAGAAUAAUUUUAUUACUCGUAUAAGAAGUGUAUUUAUCUCUAGUUAAGGAACAUUAGAUCGUGAUCCCAAUCUUUCGCGAUACGUGCGAACCUCUCUCGCGAUUAAAAGGGUAUUCUCUUUUAAUUAGCCAGCGAGUUUCGUUCACGAAUCGCAUGUGUUAAUCUCGAUAACCCUAAUAGACGCGUUCGACAAUUGUUUUGACCCUUAGCCAGUAUUAUGUUGAUGUAAUAAAAAAAAAAAAAA